GUUUUUUUCAUUUACAUUUUGUUUAUUGUUUAUUAUUUACAUUUUAUGUAUAUCACUAAAAAAAAAUAUCUUUCACAAAUUUUUAUCGAUUAUCAUCAUGGUCAAAAAUUAUGGACGAUAAAGAUCAAAUUGAACAAGUGUCACAAAAAACGAAUACCGAAGAACCAAUUCAACAAGAGCAACCAAAAGAAAAGGACAAUAAAGUCCCCUUAUUAUUAAUUCCGACUGGAAAUACGCCGAUAUUGAAGAAAAAAAAUUUCAAAGUUGAUUCAAAUUUUACGAUUGGCCAAUUGAAAGUAUUGAUCAAAAAAUUCUUGAGCUUAGAUACAAACGAAGCUUUGUUUGUUUAUGUCAAUCAAAUUUUUGCACCAUCAUUAGAGCAAACAGUACAAAAUCUUUUUGAUUGUUUUGGUUGUGAUGGAAAAUUAAUACUCUAUUAUUCAAAAGCACAAGCUUGGGGUUAAUAAUGGAUAGCCUAAACUGUUUACCACAAGAAUUUCAUUUUAUAUAUCAAUCAUCCGAAGAAUUCCAAUUUCAACAUUCAAUUCGACUUCCAUUGGAUACGA